GCUUGUUAUAGACGGAAAUUAGGUCCGUCUAGUUGCAGAUGCAGCUGGCUAGGGUAGAGGAGGUCGAGGUAGUACUACAAGUAUAAGGGUUCUUCUAACAAUAACAAUGGUGUCGACCGCAACUUCAGCGGCAAUGAGUUGCAGAAAGGACGAACGGCUACACUCGAUUUGAGUGCGUGUCCUGCUCCAUCUAGCCGCUCGCUUCUCCGAUUAUUCGAAAGCCUCUGACUCAGCGUCACUUUGAGGACGAGGAACGUCGGACAAGAUUUGAGGCUCAACGCUGAUCUGGAGAUCUGACAGACAGAAACGGCGCACACAAUAUUCCGCACGAGGCUUGUCCUAAAACGACGAACUCGUCUUUCGGUCGAAUACUCGAAUCACAACCGCUUGUAGCACAUCAGAUUUGAUUACUGCUUCUGCACUAGUAGUUCGUUUUUGGCAGAAGACAUUCAGCUGCGAAAGCGAAGUAGCAUCAUAAGAAUAACAUCGGAAGUAGUCCAGUUCAAAUCGAAAAGAUGGCGCCGCAAGUGAAGCCUGGUGAGGCCAAUAUUUUUGGCAAGCGAAUAGCUACGGCAGAACAAGAGGCGCUAGAGGCAAAACGAGAAUACAACAUCAAGCUCCGAGAAGAACGAUAUGAGCGAAAACAGGCAGAUCUCGCAGAGCAGAGGAAGCUCAAAAAGGAAUAUGAAGCCGAGGCGAGGCAGCAGCGGAAGCAGGUGGAGGCCAUGAAAAGGCAAACGGAACUGAAAGGGGGACUAAGCAAAAAACAAAAUAGUACUAAGUCAACUUAAUGUGUUAUGCUUGUAGUAGAAAACGAAAAUCUCCUCAAAAAGCGUAACACCACCGUGAUCAGCUCCAGCACGGGUUUCUUCAUAGACGCACAUAAGACAUAACUUGUUCUUCGAGCUUAUAAGCCUAUCUAGGUAGAUAUAGUAAGUUCAUUUUUGAAUAUUGUUCGUCAUGUGCAUUAGCAUUGUGCAAACACCAACAGCACUCUUCCAAUGAAUUAUGGUAUUUGACUUCGUAAUUCGUGAUUCUUCCACAUCAUUAUCUUCAGAUAUCGAGGAUGAAUACCGAGAGAGGAAUCGAGAAGCAGCAAUAUUGCGGAGAGAGGAGCGGUGGCAAGCUAGGACGCACGAAUACAUAAUGAACCUUUUAGACGAGGCGCAGGAACAAGAGAAUGAAGAACGGGAGAGUAAAAUGGAAGCAAAAACAAAAGUGCUGCUUCAGUGGAAAAUGGAAGCAAAACAUAGAGCAGAUACCGCUGCGUCACAGGAGCAGCUGGAAGAAGUACAUUAUUUUGAUAGAAUAAAUUGAACUGCUGACACUACUUAUCGAUGUCGAUUUUAGUGAAAGUGAAUCGAAAGCCACAAUAUCACUGACUCUCGAUCAUACCAAGCUGGUUUUUUACAGGCACAUCGCUUCUCGCGGCCUCAACUGAUGAUCUUCAACAAUGCAUGAACUCAUGAAGAAUCCCACGACCCCACGACCAGGUCCGCACAGAGACAUUGCAGAAAAAAGAAAUGAAGCGUAAUGCAGCUGAAUUAGUGCGUAUAGACGAGCUAAAGCAAGAGGUAGAGGAAGAGCUAGAGUACAAAAUCGAGUGCGUGGAGCAGGGAAUACCAACCCAAGUGACGAUGAACGACUUGGUCAAGUCUCUCGUACCUGUGCCAGCAAUAUCGGAACUAUUCUGCGCAGUAAAGAGCGAGUUGGACGAGAUCAAGUACUACAAUUGUGGCUUAUGAUAUUUUAGUAGUAUGUAAGAGUACUCAGUACUGGGACUCCUGAACCUGGUUGUGUAGCUCCGUGAAGGUGAAGCCGCACUGCGGCAGAAUUGCUGUUUGUGAUGAGAUAGAAGGAACAGGAUUCUUCCGUAUAGCUCCACUACUGGCGGGGGUGCUACCUUGCAAGAAACAUUUUGCUUUCUCAAUUUUUUCAUAUUCUCAAUGAUCGAUCUCCACUAUUACGCCUAGUACAGGUAUCUGAAGCAUGUCGAUUUGGAACCACUAGCGAAAUUGCAAGGAAAGCCGCCAUUGCUCUUUGUGAAGCAGCUUGAGGAGGAACACGAACGCAACAAGCUUCCCACACCAUCCUCGGUUCCAGUUGCGCAUUAGUUAAAGUCUUGUUAAGGAUAACAAGGACGCGGGAGGUUCUGACGAUCUUCAAACAGAAUUCGCUUCGAAUUACUCUCAGUUUCUUUGUGGAGAAUCCUGCUUCUCAUGAUUUUCAAUCAGACUUCGCGUCGAGUUCGUUUUACACACAUUAUGCAAAUGCUAAUAGAAGAAACCUUCAUAUUCCGUUUAAGAAUACAGCUGCCAGAACUACUGUUCUACACUCAAUUCGAAUUCCGUUUAAGAAUAUACCUGCUACCAGAAUUAUUGUUCAACCGAUCGCGUUGCUAGUGUUAAAAGCCACUGCCAAUAAGAUGUUCAAACUCGAUAUUUCGUAUUUACCAAUCGCGAGUAGAAGAUGCAGAACUCGAUAAAGAUGUCGCGUUCUAGGACAUGGAACGACAAAGGACUUCUGCUUCCAAGCAUUUCGCGUGUAAACGACGUUUGUUGAUUCGAUACCCUGCUUCUAUGACAACUUGAUUCCAGAAUUAAGUCUACGUUGUUAUCGACGUUCAUCCUGGUGUUAUUCCAAUAUCAAGUCGCUAGCGGAGGGAAUAAUGCCUGAACAAGUUGUCCAUUGUGGAUUCCUGACAAGACAAGAACCAACAUGUAUCUACUAAAGAAUCCAAUGCGCACAUUUGAUGCUUUUAAAAAUGAAUAUGUCGCCGAGCUGGCGUCCUCAGCAGGGCUGCAGCCGUUGUAUAGAACAAAAAGCAAGAAAGUUGUAUCUGUAUGUUGACUGAACUAUGGUCAUCACGACAAGAAAACCUGUGACCAGACAGCAUGAACGCCCGUGACCAUUUCCAU